AAUGUUUUUUUUUAUUUAUUUUAAUGAAAUUUACAACUGUACAUGUAAAAUACAACAAGUAAAUGUGACAUUGGUAACAUGACAUGUACAACAU